GACUCGCACCGAAACUUUUUUCCCUCCACGGAUCCACCACCCAUAUAAAUUGCCCUCUCUCAUUUCACAAACUCCUCGCCUUCUCCCUUUUAUUUCCCCUUUUCGAUCGCGAGGAGUUGAUGAGAUCUUGAGCUAGGAUUUUUUGGAGCUCUCAAAAUCCUUUACUGAUUUGCUCAAAAUUUCUGAUUCACGUACGAUUAGGGUUUUUGUGAUCUCGAAUACGUGGGAAAUGUCGAUUUAGGUCUUCUGAAGGGGUUUCAGUUCUAUCCAGCCGACAACAUGAUGCAAGGAAAGUCUAGCUUGAAUGCGGGUGCUGUUCCCUAUAUACCUUCUUGGAAGAAAUCAUCUGACAUGGAGAGUAAGUCUACCAAGAAAAUAGUGGGCUCUGAGAAGCAUGACUGUGGUGAGGCCGCGGCCUAUCAGCUUCCAGACAAUGCUUCUCUAGAGCAAAGCUUGGAGAAACUGCAUGUUUCUGAUGAAGCGUCCGUUCAUUCUUACAAGAUAUCAACUGAGAAGCAAAGCAUGACUGAUGACACCAAUAUGGAGAUAUGUUUCCUCAUGACCAGGUUUCCUGGAUAUUCUGAAAAAACCCUUGCUGAGCUCCUUGAUUUCAAUAAUGGUGAUCUGGAAGACACGAUAGAUUUGCUGGAAGAGUUUGAGGCUGAGCAUAUGGAGUCCCCAGGAACUUCAGAGGUCCGACACAGUGGGAGUCCUUCAAAGUGAGAUCGGUUUCCAGUUCAAGCAACUUGCUCAGCCUGUACAGAAUAUGCUGUGACUUCUGCUGUUAAAUGGGGUUUACAUUUUGGAUUUCCCCUAGCUUCUUACUUUCGGUUUGCCACAUUUUUUCUGCUGCGUGCGUCUAUGCUUUGCUCAUCUGUGUUGGUACAAGGGCUCUUUGUGGUGUGAAGUUUAACUGUAGUUAUCUGCAAGCUAUAUCAUCCAUCAAUUUGGACAGUAGUCAUGCUUCGUGCGAACGUUUAUGCAUCUAACUUCAAAAGAUGAGAGGUGCAUGAGGCCAUGACUUUCUAUUUUCUCAUGCAGCAUAAUCUCUUUCUUCCAUAUUGGCUUGUGUGCCUUUAAUAGUAUUCUACACAUUUGAACCAGUCGUUAUUACUAUUGUAAGGCUGUGAUUGGCAAUGAGAAAAAAAAAAUCAAGGGU